AUGAGUUCCCUGCAUCUGCUUCCCACCACCACCACCGCCGCCCUGCCACUGCUGCGCUGGGCAUGGCUGCUGCUGCUGCUGCUGGCUUCGUGCUCCGCAUCUGGCGGCGCAGAUGUGGGCUUGAACGAUACAUUCCUGGACGUGUCCCAGCACACCGAGCGGAAUCGACACUGGCCUUCCUGGUUUUCUACCUUCCAGUCUCCGGAAUCGAGUCCAACUGACCCCACGUGGACUUCCGGUGCCACGGACGAAGUCGUGGACAACCAGCACACGUACUACGUGUCGCGCCUGUACGGCUCUGGCGACCGGCGCGCCCGCGAGAUGUGGGUGGGGCUGGACGGCCCCGUGGACGGUUCGCCAGGUGGAGUGCGAGCUCACGAGUCUCUCUCCGGAGGAUACAGGCAGGCUGUGAAUGUGAAUUUAUCUUUUGCCUUUCCUUACUAUGGACACGAUCUGCAUUCGGUGACUCUCGCCACAGGAGGGUUCAUAUUUGUUGGAGUUGUGAAGUACCGAAUGAUCACUCUCACACAGUACAUUGCGCCACUUAUGGCCAACUUCGCGCCUAGCCUCUCCGACAACUCCACCGUCAAGUACUACGACAACGGCUCCUUGCUCGCCGUGGAGUGGAGCGAUGUCUGCCUGUUUGACAACCGAAGCGUCGGUGGCUUCACCUUCCAGGCCGUGCUACACAGCGACGGGCGCAUCAUCUUCGGGUACAAAACGAUUCCCAUCCCCAUAUCGCGGAUCAGUUCAGGCAAGCAUCCCGUCAAGGUCGGCAUUUCGGACGCUUUCAUCUUGACCCACAGGUCCCCAGGAAAACCCAUCCCGAGCAGGUGGACCGUGUACGAAUAUCACCGCGUUGAUCUGGACACCACCGAGUUGACCAGCGGCUGCACCAUCGAGCUCGUUCCCUUGCCAACAUGCAAUCAGUACAAGACGUGUGACGGCUGCCUGUCUGCCCACAUCGCAUUCGACUGCGGGUGGUGUGGAAGCAUCCAGAGAUGCUCCAGCGGAUUUGACCGCCACCGGCAGGAAUGGAUCGACGGAAGUUGUCCGCAAGAGGCAAGCACGGAGAGUUGCCCUGCUGAUGAGCUCGCCAGCCGAGGCUCAGAAGAACAGAAGCCACCGCUGGCUGCGAGGCCCACAUCGAGUGGCAGGAAGGCGGUGCGCGGAGCGACGUCGAUGAGCAGCGUGCUGCUGGCGGCGAGCCUCUCGCUGGCGCUGCUGCUGCUGCUGGCAGCGUGCGGCCUCGCCCUCUACGUGCACCGCUACCCCACCUCGUCCGUCAGCCUCUUCCUCAUUGAGUUCCGCCCCAAAAUGUGGCCCACCGUGUUUUCUCGGCGCGUAUCGGAGCAGCUGAACUGCGCCGCCGUGGAGACCAUCGGACACGACAAGGAGGUUCUCACCGACACCGAAAAAUCCAAUCAGACUUAUGAAAUGAUGCCCAGUAAUGCGUGAAUAAAUGCCCACGGUCUUUCCGUCGGUUGCGAUGGCCUGACAGGAGGCAUGGUUAUGUCCUUGACGAAUUCUACGUGCAUUGCCUUUUCACCAGGGGCAGGGUGAUUUUUCUGCAAUAAGCUUGUGAUGUAAAGGGAUGCCCUCGGCCCCCCCCCCCCUCCCGUAGUUUUUCGGGAUUUUCUGCACGUUUGUCACGCAGGUUGUUGCUGGCCUUACGGCUCUGAGCACAGGAGAAGUUGAGAAUGCAGUGUGAGAUAAAGUUGUUGCCUGGAGUGCUUGAGGAAAAUAUAAAUUGUCAUCGUGGAAUUAAUGUUUACACGUAUACCAGUG